GAACAGAAAGUUCAGAUGCAACAAACGAAGAAGGGCUGUUGCAGAAAUCAAUAGAGCUGUCUUCUUCAUCUGUCUUUAGCCGUCUGCGCUCUUUUCUUCCCCUGCAAAUCAAAAGCAGUUUUUUGGAGGUUUUCUCAAUAGAUCCGCUAUCGGAUUCGAGGCCAUUAUCUGUAUCAAACCUAGAAGAAGAAGAGGUCUCAUGGCUGAAACCAAAGGAAAGACUCCAUUACUGACAUACCCAUCAAGAAAUCUUCCUGACUUCAAAAAAUCUGUGAAGCUCAAAUACGUCAAACUCGGCUACCACUACCUCAUAACCCAUGGAAUGUACAUUUUCCUUCUGCCCUUACUUGGUCUCACCUUUGCCCAUAUCUCCACCUUCUCCCUCCAAGACCUCCAUGAUCUUUGGGAUCACCUUUGCUUUAAUCUUAUCUCCACCAUACUAUGCUCCACUCUUCUUGUCUCCCUCUCCACUGCCUACUUCCUGAGCCAACCUCGCCCUGUCUAUCUGGUAAACUUCUCCUGCUACAAACCUGAGGAAGCCCGAAAAUGCCCUAGAGAGACCUUCAUGGAUAGAACUCGUGCUCUCGGCUUAUUUUCUCAGGAAAACAUCAAAUUCCAGCGAAAAAUCAUUGAGAGAUCUGGCCUCGGUGAAUCCACCUACCUCCCUGAGGCAGUCAUCAGAGUUCCACCCAAUCCUUCGAUGGAGGAGGCGAGGAAGGAAGCUAAGAUGGUCAUGUUUGGGGCCAUUGAUGAGCUCUUUGCUAAGACUCAUGUGAAGCCUAAAGAUAUAGGUAUAUUGAUUGUGAAUUGCAGCUUGUUUAAUCCCACCCCUUCCCUCUCUUCCAUGGUUGUUAACCACUACAAGCUUAGAGGAAAUAUCAUCAGCUAUAAUCUUGGUGGUAUGGGAUGCAGUGCUGGCCUCAUCUCUAUAGAUCUUGCAAAAGAUCUUCUUCAAGUGCAUCCCAACACCUAUGCUUUGGUUAUCAGCAUGGAGAACAUUACUCUCAAUUGGUACUUUGGAAAUAGCCGUUCCAUGCUCGUUUCAAAUUGCUUGUUUCGAAUGGGUGGCGCGGCGAUUCUCCUGUCUAACAGAAGAUCGGAUCACCGUUGCUCCAAGUAUCAGUUAGUCCACACAGUUCGUACACAUAAGGGUGCCGACGACAAAUGUUUCACCUGUGUCACUCAAGAAGAGGAUCCUAUGGGGAAGGUUGGAGUUUCUCUGUCAAAGGAGCUCAUGGCUGUUGCUGGUGAUGCUUUGAAGACUAACAUCACCACUUUGGGCCCUCUUGUAUUGCCACUAUCAGAGCAGCUUCUCUUCUUUGCAACUUUAAUAGGAAGGAAAGUUCUAAAGAGGAAGAUUAAGCCUUAUAUUCCGGACUUCAAGCUGGCAUUUGAGCACUUCUGCAUUCAUGCAGGAGGAAGAGCAGUGCUUGAUGAGCUAGAGAAGAACCUUCAGCUUUCAGAAUGGCACAUGGAGCCAUCGAGAAUGACACUUUACCGAUUCGGGAACACAUCGAGCAGUUCUCUUUGGUACGAAUUGGCGUAUGCAGAGUCGAAGGGGAGGAUUAAGAAGGGAGACAGGACAUGGCAGAUUGCAUUUGGAUCAGGAUUUAAAUGCAAUAGUGCUGUUUGGAGGGCACUAAGGGCUGUGAAUCCUGCAGAGGAGAAGAAUCCAUGGAUGCAUGAGAUUGACAACUUUCCUGUUGAGGUUCCAAAAGUUGCUGAAUUGAGGAGUUAGCUUAUCUGAAAUGGUGGUAAGGAAUCACUGUAGUCACAGCUUAGGAUUAAGCUGUUUUGAGAAUAUAGCUAAAGCUGGUGUUUUUUUUCCUUUUUUCCUCUCCCGUCUCCAGGAAUCUGGGGGUCCAUUCCAUUUUCAUUUCUGUGCUAUUAUUUAUGCUCAUGCUACAGAAACAUGUGAUCAAUGUUGUUGGCUAAUUAUCUUGAACACUACAAGUGUUUCUGAUUUGCUGAACAAUCCUAAAAUGUGUUCUCUAUUUGGACUAUGGAAAAGAAUUAUCCACAUUUGUAGGAUUUUGUUUAUUAGCUUUGAAUUAUUCCAAAACCA